AUGGCUGGCCAAGGAGGUCCUAUCCCCUACAGUGGCAAUAUGGCUGGGCAGGGAAGCCUCAACCCUGUGAGUGGCAAUAUGGCUCGUCAGGGAAGCUUCAACCGUGGGAGUGGCAAUAUGGCUCGUCAGGGAAGCUUCAACCGUGGGAGUGGCAAUAUGGCUCGUCAGGGAAGCUUCAACCGUGGGAGUGGCAAUAUGGCUCGUCAGGGAAGCUUCAACCGUGUGGAUGAGGGUUCAGUGCCCCAAACGGGUCUCGGUGGGGGCAUUUUGGUGCGUCAGGGAAGCUUUCAGAGCAACAGAAGCACGUCACCGUCCCUUGACGGGGGAGGCCAGCUGUGCAGGAUAGCAAGUGUAUCAUUCAUUGAUCUAGAAUCUGAGAGCAUGUGA